ACAGGAAGUUGCAGGAGGACUGUUGUUUUUGCGACCUCCCGUCGUUUCUUGAUGACGUUGUUUGUAGGCGGCCAACUCUGUCUAUUGUGUUUAUCUUGAGCUCUCCACAGUUGUUUCGUGAAUGGAUGCAGCUUCACCGUUUGAGAUUAUUACCCUUCUUUCGGACAUGGACUGGAAAACCUCUUAAAUAUCAGUCAGCUGUGCACAGAUGCGAAGAUGAACAAAGGGUGGCUGGAGCUCGAGAGUGAUCCAGGACUCUUCACUUUGCUGGUCGAAGAUUUUGGCGUUAAAGGCGUCCAAGUAGAAGAAAUCUAUGAUCUUCAAAGCAAGUGUCAAAGUCCUGUCUAUGGCUUCAUCUUCCUGUUCAAAUGGAUUGAGGAACGCAGAUCCAGGAGGAAAGUUAACACUUUGGUGGAUGAGACCUCUGUUAUCGAUGAGGAAAUCGUAAAUGAUAUGUUCUUUGCUCAUCAGCUGAUACCAAAUUCAUGUGCCACCCACGCUUUGUUGAGUGUGCUGCUGAACUGCAGUGGCGUUGAACUCGGCACCACCCUCAGUCGCAUGAAGGCUUUCACCAAAGGCUUUAGUCCAGAGAGUAAAGGUUACGCAAUAGGAAAUGCCCCGGAGCUUGCCAGAGCACACAACAGCCAUGCAAGACCGGAGCCCAGGCACCUGCCGGAGAAACAAAACGGGAUCAGCGCGGUGCGGACCAUGGAGGCCUUCCACUUUGUGAGCUAUGUGCCCAUCAAAGACCGCCUCUUUGAGCUCGAUGGACUCAAGGCUUACCCCAUUGACCAUGGGCCCUGGGGAGAGGAGGAGGAAUGGACCGAUAAAGCUCGGCGAGUUAUCAUGGAGAGGAUUGGACUGGCCACUGCUGGUGAGCCGUACCAUGACAUUCGUUUCAACCUGAUGGCAGUGGUGCCUGACCGCAGGAUGAAGUACGAGUCCAAACUGGAAAUUCUAAAGAGAAAUCGUCAGACGGUGCUGGAGGGUCUGCAGAAGAUGAUCCGACUCACUCAGCCUGAGCUUGUCCACGACAAGAAGCAGGAGUCUUCCUCUCCUGAUGACGGCACCACUGCCAUUAAGAAAGAGGCAGAUGUGGAGCCGGUUACAUUGCAGGGUGCUGAUCCAGAUUCAGUGGACGAGUCAGGAGUUCAGUCUAAGGAUGCACCUAGCCCCUCCGGAAACACCAAGGUGAUGGGCAAACCACCAGUCCCCACAGGAGGAGGUCCUCAGCAAGUCUCCAGUCCCAACCCCAUCGUUCAACGGCUGCCUGCCUUCCUGGACAAUCACAACUAUGCCAAGUCUCCAAUGCAGGAGGAAGAGGAUCUUGCUGCUGGAGUUGGUCGCUCUCGCGUGGCAGGGCCUCCUCAAGCCCCGUACUCUGACGAUGAAGACGACUAUGAGGAUGAAGAAGAGGAAGUAACUGGUUCUACAGGCACACCCAACAGGUUUAGACGGAAGGCAAGUCUGCGAUCUCGACCGGCGCGGGUAGCGACUGGAAUGGAGAGCCAGAUUGCCCUCACUGUACUGGCCGAGAAACUGAAGAAGGAAGCCCAAAGGAAAGAUGCCCUAAAUACACCUCUUUCUGUACGCACAGAAGGGCGCACAGGAGGCAUUUGCAUCACAUCUGCUUCACAGCCUUCCCCGACACCCAGCAACGAAAGCACUGACACAGCCUCUGAGAUUGGCAGCGCCUUCAACUCCCCGCUGCGCUCACCAGCACGCUCCCAGGCUGCCACGCGCCCAUCCAGUCCAGUUGCUUCCCAUCUGUCUCGCGUGCUGUUCGGAGAAGACGAGAUGCUGAGGCUAGACUCCAGACAUAACCGUGCUGUAAGAGAACUGGGUCCCUCUGUCAGCGCGGCCUUGUUGCACCUGCAGGAGGAUGGAGUCAUCUUUGCCUUACCUCCAUCUGAUUUGGCUGCUGAUGGCACAAAGCGACCUUGCACUCCUGAGAAGAUGAAAGACAAAGAGAAAGCAGACCUCUCGGCGGGACAGAAGGAAGGAGCGAACAAGGGAGAGGAGGGACCGUCUGUGGCGGUGAAAGAGGAGGAGAGCAAAGAUGGAGCGGAGGUGAAACCUGGCAAGCAAAAGACCAACGCCGUGGAAACCGCUGCAGACAACAAGCCCCCUGGGGAUAAGUACUCUCCCAAAGAGCUGCUCGCGCUGCUCAAGUGUGUAGAGGCGGACAUCGCCAAUUAUGAGGUGUAUCUGAAGGAGGAAGUCGAAAAGAGAAAGAAAUACAAAAUUGAUGAUCAGAGGAGGACCCACAAUUAUGACGAGUUCAUCUGCACCUUCAUCUCGAUGCUGGCCCAGGAAGGCAUGUUGGCCAGCCUCGUGGAGCAAAACAUUUCUGUGCGUCGAAGGCAGGGAGUGAGUAUCGGUCGUUUGCACAAACAGAGGAAGCCUGAUCGCAGGAAACGGUCCCGACCUUACAAGGCCAAGCGCCAGUAAUUUCAAACAAUCAAAACGUCUGUAAG